UUAGCAGGACAAACCAGCAGGCGCGCAGAGGUACACUGGUUCAUUUUGAUCCUCAUCUCAGAGGAAGCUGCCCACCACCACCACCACCUCCACCCCACACAGUAAACAUCCUCUGACAGAUGGAGAAACAGGCCGGAGCUGCCGGGGCGGCGGACGGAGCAGGGCCGAACAGAAAGCCCUGGGGCCCGCCGACCUGCGGACCAGCCACCGGCGAGACUCUGGACAGUCCUACAGGUUCUCAUGUAGAGUGGUGUAAACAGCUGAUAGCAGCCACCAUCUCCAGUCAGAUCUCUGGACCAGUCCCACCUGAUGUGAACAGGGAGAACAAGAUCGGGAGAAGACCAGACUUUCUGGUGUCCAAGAGGCUGAAUCCAAGGGAUUCACAGGAUGAAGGGCUUUGUUACCAUGGAGAAAGUGAUUCUGAGCAUCCUUCCAAUUCUUUGAACCUUCCAGCUCUGAGAUAUGGGGCGCAGGUCAAAAUGUCCCAAAACCAGGUUCCUCUGCUACCAGGAGAGAACAUCCAGACUACAGUCAAGGAUGUGAUGUACAUCUGUCCAUUCAGUGGGCUGGUUAAUGGGACUCUGACCAUCACAGACUACAAGCUGUACUUCAGCAGUGUGGAGAGGGAGUCUCCAUUUACUCUUGAUGUGAACCUGGGAGUCAUCAGUCGACUAGAGACCAUCAGCGUCCCCAACCAAGGAGAGAACACCAAAGGACUGGAGUUGGUCUGCAAGGACAUGAGGAGUCCGAGAUUUGCCUAUAAGACAGAGGAGAGCCAUCCAGAUGUGCUGGAGGUGCUCACCAAACAUGCCUUUCCUCUCUCCCACAGCCUGCCUCUGUUUGCAUACCAGUACAAGGAGCAGUAUCCUGUGGACGGCUGGAAGGUGUAUGACCCCAUGACAGAGUACAGACGUCAGGGUCUUCCUAAUGAGAGCUGGACCAUCAGUAAGAUGAACAGCACCUAUGAGCUGUGUGACACGUAUCCCUCCAUCCUGGUCAUCCCCACCAACAUCACAGAUGAAGACAUCAAACGAGUGGCAGUGUUCAGAGCCAAACACCGCAUACCGGUCUUAUCCUGGAUCCACCCAGAGACUCAGGCCACCAUCGUACGCUGCAGCCAGCCGUUAGUUGGCCCUUCAGACCGUCGCUGUAAAGAAGACGAACGCUUCCUCCAAAUCAUCAUGGACGCCAACGCCCAGUCUCACAAGCUCACUAUCUUUGAUGCCCGGCAGAGUAGUGUUGCAGUCACCAACAAGGGGAAGGACGGAGGGUUUGAAAGUGAGAGCUUCUAUUCCAAUGUGGAGCUGAACUUCCUGGAAAUCCCCAACAUCCACGUGAUGAGGGAGUCUCUGAGGAAGAUGAAGGAUGUGGUUUAUCCCACCAUAGAUGAAGCCCACUGGCACUCGAAUAUAGACCAGACACACUGGCUGGAGUACAUACGGCUGUUACUAGCAGGAGCAGCAAAGAUAGCUGAUAAACUGGAGUCAGGGAAGACAUCAGUGGUGGUUCACUGCAGUGAUGGAUGGGACAGAACUGCUCAGCUCACCUCUCUGGCCAUGCUGAUGCUGGACAGUCACUAUCGCACCCUCAGAGGGUUCCAGGUCCUGGUGGAGAAGGAAUGGAUUAGUUUUGGACACAAGUUUGCUGCUCGUGUGGGUCAUGGUGAUGAGAAUCAUGCCAACUCAGAGCGCUCGCCUCUCUUCAUCCAGUUCAUGGACUGUGUGUGGCAGAUGACCCGACAGUUCCCAGCAGCCUUUGAGUACAAUGAGCUGUUCCUCAUCACAAUUCUGGAUCACCUGUACAGCUGUCUAUUUGGUACAUUCCUCUAUAACAGUGAGCAGGAGCGGACAGCUAAGGAGGUUCAGAGCAGCACUGUGUCUCUGUGGUCCUACGUUAACAGCCAGCCUGAGGACUUCACCAACCCUUUCUAUGUGGACUAUGAGCACCAUGUUCUGUAUCCACUGGUGUCCUCCAGACAUCUGGAGCUGUGGAGCAGCUACUACGCCCGCUGGAACCCACGGAUGAGACCACAGGUUCCGGUGCAUCAGACUCUGAAGGACCUGCUGAUCCUGAGAGCAGAGCUGCAGAGGAGAGUGGAGGAGCUGCAGAGAGACGCCACCUCCCAUUCCCUGUCCUCCUCCUCUGAACACUCCCCCUCCCCCACACACACAACUGGAACACCACUGCACUCCGCUGUCUGACACACACACACACACACACACACACA